AUGGCGCUUACUGCGGCUGAGAGGCAAAGGAGAAGACGUGAAAAAUUGAAACAACAAGGAAAGUAUGAGGAAUACAAAAGUCAUCAUCGUGAAAUUGCCCAGAAAAGCCGUGAUAAAAAGAAAGAUAUGUUGGAGAAUUUAUCUCAACAAAGGAGAGAAAUCUUUCAAAGAGAGCAGAGAGAAGCUACCAGGAAACGUGUGGCCAAAUGCAAGGCAUUAAAAAAAGAAAAGGAAAAAGAAAGUGUUGUGACGCCACCAUUCGUAAGUGCAGUCGCUUUCUCUAGAGCAACAGCUAAAAGAGCACUCAAGAAUGCCCUACCGAAGUCUCCAAGAAGACGAAAAGCAGUCCACCGAAAACUAUAUGAAAGUGAAUUAGAUGGCAGUAGUAUAUCAUCCUCAACCGACUCACCAAAAAGAUCCGAUGCUUUGAGCGAUGAACUAGUUGAACUAGUACAAACUUUCUACCAAAGAGAUGACAUUAGCUGA